AUGUUCAAAAAGGCGCCAACGAUCAAGCCAUCGACGCUGGUGCGCUCCUCUAAUCGAAGAUCGCUCAUAGCUCAGCUGCAGUCCCAAUUCCCAGCCUUCGCAUCCGCGUCGCCCGACCUUGUGCUCAAGCUCGUGCCCGAGACGCUACACCAACGCAAUGCAAGCACUCACGCGGACGACAAGGCGGUGCUGUAUACGGACGAGAAAGGCAGACCCUUGUGGUUCGAAAUCGGCAACACUGCCGGGAAAGGAGCGGAAAAGGCAGGCAAGGGAAAAGGCUUGUCCAAAGUCGAAGUGAUUCCUACUGGUGAGUGACUCGAAUGUGUGGUCAAUGGAUCCGUGAAACGCGUUUGCUGACGCUGAGGGAUGUACGCUUGCCAUGCGGCUGUGCUGCUACCCAGUGUAUGCUCUAUGGCUGCUACCUUCCCUGCUCCCCCGAGUCCCUACCGAGUCCAAGCUGGUGGCCUCAGCAGACAGUGCGCUCAUGUCCGGCACAUCCUUGAUGGUGCCUGGCUUCCUCCCACCCCCAAACACGUUCCCCACUUCGUCUGGAUCAGACUUGCCGAAGACAGGUGACCUAAUCAGCAUUACCGCUCAAGAAUCCAGUGUGCCCCUGGUGGUGGGCAAGUUGGAGAUCGACAUGAAAGACAUCGUCGAACGGAGAAGCAAAGGGGAAAAGGGAAAAGCUGUCAAGAUUCUGCACACCCAUUGGGACGAACUUUGGGCUCUUGGAGGUAGCAAAGAACCGCCUAGUGAAGCUUCUCUGCCGGAUGUUUCGAGCUUGUCUCUCGCGUCGGACUCAUCAGAUCCCGUGGCCGAUGGUGCUGCAGCUGAAGCUGGGGCAUCAGGCGCAGCAGAAAGGGCAGAGCCGGACAGUGCAGCGGACACGGGAGCAGGUGAAACUGGAUUGGCAGCUGAAGAUGGACCGCAAGGAGACACUGCAGACUUGCUGGCGGAUCUAUUAAGCGGGCGCGGCGAUGCUGAGGAGGAUCAAGAAACGUCCUCUCGGAUAGCAGCGUUGACCGCGAAGGAUGUCGAUGCUUUGCUUGACCUGGCUCUGCUGAGCGCAGUAGCCCAAGACGCGCCAGAAGAGCUGCCAGUCGAGUCAAGCAUCUUUUAUCAGCUCCAUGUCCUGCCAAACAGACCUACCACUUGGCCUCCGACUCCGGAGGGGGCCUCACAGGAUGCGUCGUAUGGUGAUGUGGAGCCCAAGAGGCAAAAGACGGCGGUCAGACCAGACGAUGAUGUCAGGAAGAGCUCAUCGAAAAAGUUGGCUAAAUGGGUGAAGACGGCGUGAGUCAUCGCAGGUGUAAGGAGACUUGCCCUAGUCUCGAGUGCUGACAAUUCUCCCUUGCUGAAAAGUGAGAAGAGUGGAGUGUUCAAGACGAAAGAUGUCAAGGGCAAGACGCUCAUCACCGAAUUUGACACUGAUCACCCAGAGUGAGUGCGCAUAUCUCCGUUUGUGACACCCGCGCCAUCCUACUGACUACGUGCAUUUGCGUCUUCAGUGUGACCACGCUGAAGCCGUUCAUCACGCUGAAGAGUCUGACGAGUAACGAUGCGGCUGAGGCUGCUGAUGAGACCGAUCAGAGUGCGCCUCAUCCUGCUGGGACAGAGACGACGUCAAACCCAAAUUUGCACUUGCGCACCGUUGUCGAACGUUUUUGGACACCUUCAAAUCAAGCCGUCAAGCUUUUCCAGAGCGCAGGCUAUCCGUGAGUCACAGGCUUCGUCGAGCUCGCGCCGCACGCGACCCAAUUUCCGGACUGACACGUCCCCCUGCGCUGAUACCUCAGGACCUCCGCUCCAUCUUCGCGGCCUGCUAUUCGAGAGAUGCUGGAGGCCUAUGUUGCCAAGCAUCAGUUGCGCGAUGGGCGACAAAAGGAGCAUGUUCGACUGAACGAUACUCUCCUAGUGAAUGCUCUUUUCCCUAAAGCUUCAGCCAACAAGGACGAGGUGCCGGCGGUGAUGAGCAAGCCGGCAAUUCUGGAUAAGCUGAUUAGUACAAGCUGCACUGAGCACCACCGGGUCUCUAGGUUAUCUGCCUCCAAAGCGGCGCAAGCGGAAAAGAUCAACGCCGAGCUGGGAGGUGAGGACGUGGAGCUGGAAGAGGGAGAAAGUAGGGGCCCUAUGCGAAAGGGAGUCGCUACUCCUGUGAGAAUAGAGAUCAAGCAAAGGCAAGGCAAAAAGGUGGUGAGCCUCGUCACUGGUCUAGAAAGCUUUGGUGUGGAUCCCAAGGAUCUCGCUGCCGAAUGCAAGCGUAAAAUGGGAGCCAGCGCGAGCGGUGAGUUCGGCAGGUGGCCAAUCGAAUUGUCGCUAGCUGCUUGCUAACCACGAAGAUCUUGUGAUGGCAGUCUCGCCAUUGGCGACAUCCUCACCCAAGAAUCCUCUCUUUGAGCUCCUCAUCCAGGGUAAUCAGAGCAUCGCGCUAGUCAGCAUGCUUGCGGACCUCGGGGUCGAAAAGAGGCUGGUCAAGGUCGAAGAUGGAGGUAAAGGUAAAAAGUGA